AUGAAUGAAUUACCUGAGGAACUAGUUAAUAUACCAAUACCAUUGGUUGGUUUGGUCGGUGUAAAUAGUGUUCAUCAAUUCAUAGAGAAGAAUAUCACUACUAGAUCACUCAUUGAUUUUCAUAGAAUACAUCCUGUUUCACCGAUAUUACAAUCACAACAACAACAGCCAUCGGUAAAGACAUCGAUUGACCUCUCUUCACUAGAUCCAUUCGAUCAAUCAAAUCAGCAACAACAACAACAACAACAACAAGGAGUAGCAGCAACAAAUACAAAUAAUACACAGGUACCAGAGUUAUCGAUAAACAAUCAACCUCAACAAACAUUGUCAUCGACAUCAUCUUCACCACCUAUUCCAAGUGCAAGUUUCAAUCCGCUGAUAGGAGGAUGGCGUGUACAACCACUUGUUAUUCCGAUGUUGAAAGUUACAACACUCGAUGCUGGUAGCAUUGCUGCCAAGAAAGAGAAACGUGCCAAUCAUUCAGAAUCGUUUGUUCCUGCUGGUAUCUUGAGAGCCAAUUGGAUCCAUAAACAUACUGUCUCUAUUCCAUCCGUUAUAUCACUAUUCUUGCAGUGGCCAGAUGACAAGUCACCAAAAGCACAAGAAUUAAUUAUGUCUCAAAUAGACACUGUAAAAGCAAAUAUAAAACAAAGAAAUAUAAAGUUAAUUGUUGUAGUUGUAACAUCAACACCAAAUGUAGAUGUAUCGGAUGAGAGAUUCAAUUUGGUUAGACGUAGAGCAGAUGUAGAUCCAAAGUACUUUUUAUUCUUGAAUAAAUUAGAAAUGAAAGGUUUUGUUAAAAAGUGGGAGAAAUUAGCAUUGGAAUUAGCAGAUUUACAUUAUAAAGAGGAAUGUCAAUCAUCGAAAUCACAGAUAUCAAAGUCAACACAUACAUUCCUAUUAAUUCGCUAUCACUUUAAGAUUGCGUAUUACUCAGAGUUUAGAAUCGACAUGAAUACAGCAUUGAAAUACUAUGCAUUUGCUUAUCAUUCUCUCAAGGAUUGGAAACCAAACAACGAUACAAAAGGUAUAAGAUUUGCAGAGUUGAGAACUGUUGCAUCAUUCUUAAACUUCAAGAUAUGUAAAUUAUUUUUAUGGUCAAACAAUCUAAAUGAAGCGAUACAACAGUUUGAGAAGCAUAUUAGAUUGUUCAAGUUGUAUCAGGGACCGGAUGAGAAAGAAUUCAAUCAUUGUGCAUGGUUGUCUAGAGAGUAUCAGAUAUUCGCAGAGUUGUUGGAUAUGUGUCCAAACACUAAUAAAGCGCUGUUCAGUGCCAACCCUGGCUUCUACUACCAGACCGCCGCCAAGUAUGUCGACGAGCGCAGAAAGUAUUUCAAGGCGGUGGCAGACCGCUAUCGCAAUACACCGAGUGUUGUCAAGUUCAAAGAGAGCAAGCAACGUCAUGACCUCUCGAUCUUGCAGUAUGUCGGUCAGCCACCACCCGAUGUCGCACACCCGCUCGAACUGGUGAGCAAACCCGCUGGCAAAGACGAGGAUGAAUCCGACGACUUUUACCGAUUGGUAGCGAUCGAACUACAGGCAAACUACACCUCGGCCAUCAUCGACUUGUUGUCGCGUGCCUACGAGCAGGCGAACCAACACCAGAACCUUCGUAUCAUAUCGUACGUGGAGUCACUGAUUGCCAACGAAUACUUUUAUGGAUCGAAUCAAUAUGAACUCGCUUUGAAAUUCUACAACAAGAAUGCAAUCACCUAUCGACGUGAAAAGUGGUGGGUACUACUCACCUACACUCUGGCAAUGUGUCUAAAGUGUGUACACAUGCUGAAUCUACCGACCAACUACAUUGGCUAUGCAAUGGAUCUACUCUCACCUGACUUGACCAACUCAAAAGAACAAAGAUCAUCCAUUCAACAAUCUUUAUUAUAUGUAUUAACUAAUCCAACUAAAUUAACACCAAAUAUCCAACUUGUAUCAACUUUGGAUGUAAAUAUGGAUCAUAAUCAUCCAUUAAUUAACUGUAGAGUACAAUUCCCAAAUAGUAUUGCAUUUUCACAUAGUAAAACAGAGAUAUUCGUUGUAAUCGAAUCACAUUUCCCAAAUGCUAUUAGAUUUUCAAGACUUAGAACCAUAUUUUCAGAUAGCUCCUAUAAUAAGGUGAUCAAUGAAUCGAAAGCAAUCACCGAUCCAAUCGAAUCGAAUCUAAAGAUGAAUGAGGAACGCAAGGACUUGGUAUUCCUUCCCGACGAAUCGAGAAUAUUUUCGUUCACUCUAAACACACGUGAGAAAGCGGAACUCGAAUGUCAGACCGUAAUUCUCGAACUUGGCAACGGUCCAACCUCUAUCAACUUUCGUUGGAACAUUUCAGAGUGGGCUAUCAAAUCGGAUGAAUCCGAACGCGAGAUCUACAAUGAAGUGGUGGAUCCACCACUCCCGAUCCAAUCGUCGCAGCAGCUAGCUAUAAAGAAGGACCAGAUCGAUCCUAAAACCAUCGUCAAACCCGAUCCCUACAAAAAGUUUUUGGAACGUUCAUCCAUCAGAAUAUUGGAUCACGAAUCACUGAUCCAAAUCAAAUGCAACCAUACUCCACCCGCCAUCAUCAAUGAAUUCUAUCAGAUCGAGCUAGAGUUGAUCAAUAACGACAAGGAGAUCACCAGUGGAUCGAUCACCUUUGACUUCCAACAACAACAGCAAGCACACAAUCUCAUUGACAAGGGAAUCUACUCGGAGCCAAACAAGAACAAUCCAUUGUCGCGAUUGGAACUACCACAUAUCUCUGAGCGUACCUCUUUCAAAAAGAAAUUUUAUAUCUAUAGUAGCCAGAUCGACGAGAUCAAACUGGUCAUCAACGUAUCGUACGAGACCAAAGCCAACGAAAUAUCACAUGCAUCAAAGAUCUUUAUUUUCCCAGUGCAAAUCGGAUUCCUCACUCAAUUCCAAUUCUUCAACUCCAACUUCCAGUUGAACGAUAUGUACGAUGGAAAUAUCGUUGCCAAGGAACCACUGCUGCUGCUCUGUGACAUCAAGACCAAUCUACCUUUCAACGUCAACAUCUUGCGAACAACUCUGGAAAUCAACAAUAUCAGUCAGGCAACUCUGAAUCCACUCAGCGGCGAAGAUGCAGAUGCCUCUGCAGUCCCGGUAGCUCAGCUGCUCUCCUCAUCCAAUCAGAAUCUUCCAACCUAUGAACUGUCGAAAGACAACAACUACUCGUGUUGGUUCAACCUCAUUCCUCUAAUCACUGGAGAGUCACUCAGUCUUGGAUCACUAAAUAUCGAAUGGUCUCGUAAGUCCAGCAGUAACAAUGAUAACGCUUCCAGCUCUCCAAAGAUCACCUCCUCACUACCGAUUCAGUUGCCACACAUGAGAAUUGCUACCAAUCCAUUUGUAACACAUGUAAAGGUGCCAGCGUCUGGAACCGUUGGUGUACCAAUCACUCACAGCAUCUCGAUAUACAACAACACCAACUUUUUACAAGAGUUUGAUUUACUGGUAAUCAACGCACCCAGCUUUGGUGGAUCGGACUCACCAUUUUUGUUUUCUGGUGACAAGAAUAGCACUUUUUCGAUACACCCAGAAUCGACUCACGAGAUCAAGCAUGUCCUUUUACCAUUGGUAGCUGGUAAGCACCCACUACCUCACUUUAAGAUUGCCAGCAAGAGAUUCAACAAGGAACUACCGAAAACAAAGAAUCCAAAUGAAUUUUUAUUCAUCAAACCAAACAUUGGAUUGGAUCAACAAUAA